AAAACUCGCGGCACGUGUUUAUUUUUGUUUAGACUAAUUCAAACGGCCGCGAAGAUGUUGGCCAAAAAGCAGAAAAUGCAGGUGGAGGCGGACGCAGAGCCCCCGGCCACGCCCCACACGAUACAGGCGCGCCUCAUUUCGGACACGGGUGAGGAGGCGGGGCCGCCCAUCGACCUGCCGGCGGGGAUUACCACCCAGCAACUGGGCCUGAUUUGCAAUGCGCUGCUCAAAAACGAGGAGGCCACGCCGUAUCUCUUCUUCGUGGGCGAGGAUGAGAUCAAGAAGAGCCUGGAGGACACCCUGGACCUGGCCUCGGUGGACACGGAGAACGUAAUCGACAUAGUGUACCAGCCACAGGCGGUUUUCAAGGUGCGUCCGGUGACCAGGUGCACGAGUUCCAUGCCGGGACACGCGGAGGCAGUGGUUUCCCUUAACUUCAGCCCGGAUGGAGCGCAUCUGGCCAGUGGGAGUGGCGACACCACUGUGCGCCUGUGGGAUCUCAACACAGAGACGCCGCACUUCACGUGCUCCGGCCACAAACAGUGGGUUCUCUGCGUGGCCUGGGCUCCGGAUGGGCAGCGCCUGGCCAGCGGCUGCAAGGCUGGCUCCAUAAUCAUCUGGGAUCCGGAGACGGGGCAGCAGAAGGGUCGCCCCCUGAGCGGCCACCGGAAGCACAUCAACUGCCUCGCCUGGGAGCCGUAUCAUCGCGAUCCGGAGUGCAGGAAGCUGGCCUCCGCCAGUGGAGACGGCGACUGCCGGAUUUGGGACGUGAAACUGGGCCAGUGCCUGAUGAAUAUCGCAGGCCACACGAACGCAGUGACCGCCGUGCGCUGGGGCGGAGCGGGCCUCAUCUACACCUCCUCCAAGGAUCGCACCGUGAAGAUGUGGCGCUCGGCCGAUGGCAUCUUGUGCCGCACAUUCUCCGGCCACGCCCACUGGGUAAACAACAUUGCGCUGAGCACGGACUACGUGCUGCGCACGGGUCCAUUCCAGCCGGUCAAGGAUCGCUCUAAAGGUCACCUAAAUCUGACUACUGAGGAGCUGCAGCAGUCCGCCCUGAAGCGCUACCAGGCAGUUUGCCCGGAUGAGGUAGAGUCCCUGGUUUCCUGUUCCGAUGACAACACCCUAUAUUUGUGGCGCAACAACCAGAACAAGUGCGUGGAGCGCAUGACAGGCCACCAGAACGUGGUGAACGAUGUGAAGUACUCGCCUGAUGUAAAGCUGAUAGCCUCCGCUUCCUUCGACAAGUCGGUGCGUCUGUGGAGGGCCAGCGAUGGCCAGUACAUGGCCACCUUCCGGGGUCAUGUGCAGGCCGUUUACACGCUAGCCUGGUCGGCGGACUCCCGCUUGAUUGUCUCCGGCAGCAAGGAUUCCACGCUGAAGGUUUGGAGUGUGCAGACCAAGAAGCUGGCGCAGGAGCUGCCUGGCCAUGCGGACGAGGUGUUUGGCGUGGACUGGGCGCCCGAUGGCUCGCGAGUUGCCUCCGGAGGCAAGGACAAGGUUAUAAAGCUAUGGGCCUACUAG